AUGAUCGUCGAUCAUCACCUCCAAGUAGAGCAUCCAACUUUCCAUCUUCUCGAUCGCUACUGUGAGGCCAACCUUAACGUUGCUUGCAGACUACCCCAAACCGAGGCCGUGCAGAUCCGGUGCACCCACCGGGAUGAUUUCUUGUACGCAGUUCCGUCCUCCGGGUGUUCAACGUACUAUCGCUGCUACCAUCGUCAACCGAUACGAUACAAAUGUGGCGACGGAGCGUAUUUCGACUAUCGUCAGCAGAAGUGUGUUAGAAAUGAAGGAACAUGUUACGAUCUGUUGUGUACCGGAAAAACGGAUGGGGCUUAUGCCGACACUACUCAAGCGUGUCGCCGAUUUUACGAGUGUAGCGGAGGAAAUUUGGUGAAGGUUGACAACUGUCCACUCGGGACCUUGUUUGAUGGAAUCGAAUGCGCGCCGCGGCAGGAAGUGACCUGUGCUAGUCCGGUGGAUGAAGCUAUUGGCAUUCCCAUCCCAAGCGAUGAUCGUUGUUAUGGCAGGGGAGAUGGAUUCCACGUGCUAGAGGAUGAUCAAUGCCAGAAGGUGCUGGUGUGUGGGGAUAGCAGUGUUGUUGAAGUGUUGGAAUGUCCAGAGGGAUACGCAUAUGAUGAGCGAAUGAAGCGCUGUGUUUUCUCAAGUGGAUUGGGUUUACCGGGUUGCGCAAGUAAUACGAUGGAUGAAAGUGAUGAUAUAUGUGCGGCAUUACCAGAAGGUUUAUACUUGGACCCGCUAUCUAAAAACUGCAAAAGUUAUGUGAAAUGCAAGGACGGGCGAAAGAUGGCGAGAAUGGACUGUUCAAAAGGAACUGUUUUUAAUGGAGCUCAGUGUGUUCCCGAGUUUUUGUACCACUGUCCGCGAAUGGCACUUCCGGGCGAUAUUUGUGAUAAAAAGAACGAUGGACUGUAUAAUGAUCCCAGGAAAGGAUGUUCUUAUUUCGUGAAGUGUGAAAACUUUAAAACAGUGGACAGUUUUUCCUGUCCGAGUGGGUUCAUUUUUGAUCCGGUUCAAAAUGUGUGUACUGAGGAUCCUGGUAAUGACUUUUGUCAAGAGGUGGGAUACUCCAACGACUGCAGUCUUCGUUCGGCUGGAUUUUACCAGGAUUUCUCGGAUCAAUCGAAGUGUUCUAACUUUUUCUAUUGCUUCAACGGAUUCAAAACCAUUCUUCGAUGCCCUGCAAAUCAAGUGUUUGAUGGAGAAAAUUGCGUGCAAUCAUCGUCUUACUCUUGUCCGUCUGAAAAUUCUGAUUCGUGUGCAAAUAAGGCGAAUGGAUUCUAUCGAGACUUUAGUGGGAGUUGUCGGUCUUACUUCCAGUGCUCAGAAGGAAGCAAAACUUCCUACCUCUGCAAACCAGGGCUAAUUUUCAUCGGUGGUCAAUGUUCCGAUCGUCAGGAAGAUACUAUAUGUGAAGAUGACAUUAUGUGUUCCGGGAAAUCUGACGGAUAUCACCAGGAUCUUCAGAGUGCCUGUCGGAGUUAUUACUACUGUCAAGGAGGCGAAAGGCUACAAACGCUCACUUGUCGAGGAAGCAAAAUUUAUAACGGUCACAGUUGCGUUUCUCAAGAUGUUUAUAAAUGUCCAGUAGGGAGUGCGGCCUCUAAUCCCUAUCUCAAUUGUCUACCCCGGAAAUGCAAUCCCAGUUGUUCCAAGAGUGGCUUUGAAACCGACUACGACAGUGGUUGCCAGAAUUAUUUCUUCUGCAUCGAUACUAAAAAGACACUGCUCUCUUGCUCGAGCAAUUACAUUUUUAAUGGAGAAAUUUGCGUGCCAACCAGUAUGUACAACUGUCCGAAGUACUGCGAUGAUACGGUUGAAUGCAGCUAGUUUAGAAUUACCUACCUCAAGCUGUACCUUUUUCGUUCAGAAGCAGGAAACACAACAAAGAGAGAAAGAUUUCAUACCUGCGUUUUUCUCCUUGAAGGGAAAACCAUAGAGUGGCGACAGCUUAUUUUCAAAUCAAGGCCAUAAAUGCUAAGUAAAUGAGGCGUUCCAGCUAGAUUUAGUGUGAAUUAUUUAUUCAGUGAUUCUUCGGAGGAGAUUUCCCCUGGUUUAUCCAGAAAUCGUCUCCAGAGAAUGUGGUAACCCAACUAAUGGGAUCUGUCUGUGUCUGUUUGUCUCACCUAAUGGGUACCCUAUUAGGCAUACAUGUAAUGACGAUUUUUGCGUCAAACACUCACUUACUCACUGUUUCAUUCGCAAACGACUGUAUUUAUUAUUCUUCCAUUUACAUCUUACGUCAGUGCAUUUAUUAUAGUUAUAAAAAAUCUAGUUAUUAUGACUUAUAUUCAGAAGCAUACAAAUAAUGUGGGGCCAUUCAAGGACAAGGUAAAAUUAUAU